CUCCUGCUGGGGAUUCACAGACACUCCCCCUGGUCCUUCGUAACAAUGGCAUCAUACCCACAAAGUUUACAGUUCAUAUCAUGGAUGACCAGGGAGUUUUCUUCCUGAAAAGCACGCAGUCCGCACUCCGUGCCUUCCACACUGCAGACAUGGAAAAGGACUCCACUGGAAAAGCCAAGAAGCCUUACCUGCUCCUGGAACACGGGCAAUCAGCAGAGUUUCAUGUGUUUUUCAAACCCACCCUGGCCCAACGUCUGAAAGGGAAGAUCCGUGUGCCAGUGUCAGGCAACAGUGAGAUCGACAUAGAGCUGGUGGGUGAAGGCCACAAUGAUGACUUCACCCUUGAUAACCUCCCUGGACUAGCAGAAGACAGCCAGGGGAGCAAUGCUGAGGGCAAUCUGGAGGACGACAUCAUUGAGGCUGUCAGAGCGAAUCACAUAAAGUUUGGGGAGUGUGCAGUCAGGGAGCUCUGCGACAAGACCUUCACAGUCACCAACCGCAGCAAGGAGGAGGUGAUGCGGUUUGAGUGGCUGCUGGCAGAUGCCCCGUUCCAGUUCUCCCCCAAGGUGGGACACCUCCAGCCUGGCUGUGCCAAAAAUAUCAGAGUGACCUUGAAGUCCAAGGUCCCGGUCACCGUCAAAAGGCACUCUGUGAACUGUAAGGUGGCCAAGAUCAAAUACCAGCUGCCACUAGAGGAGGUUUGCGACUGGGACGACAGAAUGCGCAGUGAGAAGUGGGAGGAUACCACCGAGAGACUCCCGGGAGCCCGCUGGCCUUUGAAGCGGAGGGUAAGAAGCACAGCAGCAAAAGCUCACCGAGCUGCUGCAAAAGGACCUGCCGACAGCAGCAGAGCACCAGCACUGCUGGCAGAGCAGCUCCUGCCUCCCCUGGGCAUUGGCUCCAGCCGGGAGGGGGAAGCCUUUGGGCAAGAGACCUUUAUCCACACGCAAACUGCCGGUCUGUGCCACGAGCCGAGUGUUGCAGCCCGUGUUGAGUGGGUGGUCACGUUUGAUUUGAUUGACUAUGCCGAGUUCAAACUGGACACGGUCGAGGUUCAGCUGAAGCAGACUGAGCUCUUCCAGACAGAGAUAAGCACUUUCCGGAUGUCCAAUACAGGGAAUGUAGCCCUGAAAUACUGCUGGGAGGAGAAUCUGGAGGAGGAAAUACCAUCAAAGAGUUCUGGGAGGCCGUUCUCGUCCACUCAGACAUGUGAUUUCUUGUCCUCUACUGCUGAGGAUCUCUGGGAAAGGAAUCGUGCAAGGCUGGUGCAGCAGGCAUUGCUGCUCGAGUCAACUCAGCCCCAGCCAACUCAGCCCCAGCCAAGUCUGCGCCUUUCAAAGCAGCUGUGCCACUCUUCGAAGGGCCUUAGCUCCUCCCCGGAAUUCUCUCCAAUUCCUGUCAAGGACCCACCACAGUUCUCCAUCGAGCCCCACUGCGGUACCAUCCCUGCUGGCCAGAAUCAGAUUUUCCAUGUGAAAUUCUUCCCGACGCGUGUGGGGAAAUUUAAGGCCGAAAUGCUGUGCAGACUUCAUAACCUGAAGCCAUCUCAGGAGAGCCCACGGGUGUUUGUGAUGGGGAAAGGCUGUUUGCCGAAGGCUGAUCUGAAAUGCUCUACAUCACUGCAAAAAGGUGAAACCCAGAGCAGCAAACCCAAGAAGAAGGUGCAGCGGUCAGCAAAACCAGAGUGACACCAUUUGUGUCAUGGCUUCUCCUGCUCGUGGUUUCCCAGCCUUCAGCAGAGACCUCCCCAGCUACUCUUCAAGCCCCAACACCCAUCUCUACCUCAUCUGUGUGCUACCUAAUAAACUGUGUC